AUGGCGAGGUCCCAGCGUGGCGGCAGCAGUGGCAGACGCAGCAGGGCCUAUUGGAUGUGCAGCUGCGGGUGCUGGAAGUGGGACUGGCGCUCCACGUGCCUCAGCUGUGGGUAUGCCGCACCGCCCUGGGCUACGGAGGCACCCCGCGGCAAGGCGAAGCCCGAGGCUGACAAGGACGGCUGGGUGGACCAGCCUCGGGGGCGUCGAACCCAGCGGCAGGCCCGCAGCGCGGCGUCGCGCACGGCAUCCACCAAGUCGCAGACCUCGGCUUCGGCGGCGAGUGGGGCGCCCAGCAACGGAGGAGCAACGGCGAUCGAGAGGCUGCGGGCAACGGUCGAGCGGCUUGAGGCGCUGCAGGCUGGGCCGCCAGACGGCGUCGACAGCUGCUUCACGGAAGUCGUGGCCAACCUGCUGGAGGCGAAAAGGGCAGAGCUGGCCAUCGCCCAGAAGGAGGCAGAGGCGAACGCCAUCAGCAAGGAGGAGAAGCGGCUCCGCGCAGCCCGCCAGGCUCUCGAUCAGAAGCAGGCGGCGCGGGACCUCGCGGAGGUCCAGCUGCAGAAGGCCCAGGACGAGCUCGCGGCGCUCGACGGCGAGGUGGAGGAGGCCAGCAAGGCGCUCCAGGUCCUCGAGGAGGCAGCCCGUGAAGAGGCGGAGGAGCGGCGGCGCCAGCGCGCAGCCGAGUGGGCUGGAGCUAGCCACGUGCCAGGGCUCCUCACGCAGCUGGACAAGCUGCCAGAAACCUGGGGCUCCAGCAACUUUGAGGUGGAGGCGGUGCGGGCGCAGCUCGCGGUGCCCCCGCCAGCACCCGAGCGAGCGCCUUGGGCCGAGUCCUGCCCCAUGGACGAGAUCAGCAGCGACGAUGGCGAGCUCGCGGGCAGCGGCGUGCCUUGGUGUCCCAAGCAUGCAAGCGAGAGCUGGUCGCUGAGGCCGCGGACCUGGCCCCUCUGGCUGCUCGCCCUGCUGGCCAAGCAGCUGGGAGCAGCGAUGGAGGAGUGUAGCCGAGGCAGGUGUGCGCCCAGCUGGGCCAGUGCGGCGGGGCAGGGUCCGUGCGCGAGCGGCAGUGCCGAGGGGGAGGCGCUGCCCCAGCCCCUGGGCGCCCAUGCUGCCAUGCCGGUUUUCGUUCCCCAGCCUGACGAAGGAGUCCGACCGAUUGCGAACGGCCCACUGCCCAUGCGCAUUUGGGGCAGCCCGAGGCAGCCCACCAGCGUGCUGUGGGAGGCGGAGCACGAUCACCGCCUCUUUGGGAGCAAGAUGGCCCGCAAGUUUUUCAAGGCAGGCUGGCGGUGCAGCGUCCGUGCAGCCGUUGCCGCCUGUGUGCGAGUGAGGGGUUGUGCCACCGCCAGCCUCUGCCUGGACAUCACCAGGCUCUACGAGAACCAGCGGCACGCCUCCUUGUGGAGGUGCGGAGUCGAGCAUGGCUUCGACCUGUGGGCACUUCGAGGCAUGCACGUGCUCUACCAGGCGGGAGCUGGAGAGCGCAGGGCUGGAAUCUCUUCUGUAAGACCUUGCAAGCCAGGAACCUCUUCAUGGGCGCCGCCCCUGCGGGACGUGAAAUGCAUGAGGACCGAGUGCGAGACCCUGGAGCCGUGUGCCGUAAGCGUGGGCUGCCCCCGCAGUCGGCACCCUAGUGGACCGCAGGGGACGCCGCCGCCCAGCGCGCCGUGGAGAGGCCUCAGCCCGCAUCAGACGGCCAAGGAUAGCGAGGACUUCACGGUGUGGAUGCUCGCCACCUUUGCAGGGCCAAUGGUUGAGGAGGCCAACUCUGACGGCAGCUCCACCGUGACCUGCCUACGCAGCAGGGCCACUGCCCAUCUGAGGGGCAGGACCCUGGAGUACCUCGAGCCAGGAACCUUCGAGGAGGAGAAGGUGCCAGCCCACUGCUCGAGGCAGGCCGUGCCUGGCGAGCUCCUGGCGGAAGCCCAUCGGCGUGACCUCGAGCACGCUGAUCGCCUGGCCAAGGUGGGUGCCCAGAUGCAUGCGGUGGACAGGCAAACUGGUGGCGAGCACCACGCGCUGGCGGAGACCGUGCUGGAGCUCAGGCGCUGGAACUGGCGGGCAGCCAUCUUCUGGCAGAACAUCGUGGCCAAGGACUGUGAACGGCUCCCUCAUGCAGCUGAGCGGCGCCAGGUACGUUUCGCUGCUGCAGUGGCUUUGCAGGCGGCAGAGGAGGCCGCUAGCGCAGAGCCGAGGGCCAGGCGGCCGCGCCUGGAGAGCGCACGCUCGGCUGGCAGCAGCUCAGCAGCCCGCUCGGCCAGCGCGGUAGCCUGCAGCAACCUGGGACGCGCCCUCUCCUACACCUGCACUGGAGAAGGUGACGAAGGGCCAGAGCUCUUGGCGUGCACCAAGUGCGACACCUACGUGACGUUGGGAGGUCGCGCGGAGCGGUGCCCAGGCGACAAGGCCACAAGGGGGCAG